AUGAGCUGUACAUUGCCAAUCUACUCUCGCCCAGGGCCUCUAGCCCAGCAGCAAGAACAACCUCCACCGCCACCUUCGCCUUCGAUCUCCCCCCUUUUCCCAUCCGAAGAAUCCGCCAUUAUCGCCACAACGCAAGGCUUCCUCUUCGCGCUGCGCGCCAAAUCCCGCACCGACUUCGAAAAGCACUGCGUGCGCGCCGGCGGCAUGACCCUGUCGCCGCCGUCGUCGACAACCCUGCGCUUCUGCACGAUCGGCUCGUUCGUCGAGCAUAUCGCCGCGCUCAAGGACGAUAUCGACGAGCGCAUCUGGGACCCCGAGGUCAAGGUCCACGAGGCGGGCAACCUUGCGGCCGUGUGGGCGCCGUUUCGGGCGAAGAUCAAUGGCGUUGUGGACCAUGUGGGUGUGGAGUUGUUUGUGUUGCAUAAACUUAAUGGUGAAUGGAAGGUGACUGGGUUGGCGGAUUCUUGUCAGCGGCCGACGGAGGAGGAGAUGACGUUGGAUUGA